AAACUGUAUGCGCACAUACAAAUUGUUCUCAAUUCUUCUAGAAAUUUUCGGGUACAGUGAAUAUUUUGCAAAAACAUAUACGAAAAACAGUGCACGAAAAUGUCAAAAAAUUCAGAUAUUAAUGAUGAGACGAUGACAUCGAUAGUCUUAGCUGCUCCACCCCCAGAUUCUCCAAAAAAACCUGUAAAGUCCACCGCAGUGGUAAAAUAUUCUGCAGUUCAAACACCAGCGACAUAUGCACAAUUACAAUGUAAUACGGAUCUGAAUCUUCCACCCAGCAACUGGCUUAGCAGUUCAGCAGAGAGUUAUGGUCUACAGAAUGUUUGGUCUCAGAGUACAGGAUUUUCCAGUUUCCGCAUGGCACACAUGUUUCCUGAUUGUGUUGGUGAAGUGGAUGUAGUAUCGGAUGCAGAAAAUAUAAAGAAAUUACUUAAACUUCCUUAUAAUCGUGGUAUGAUUUCAAUGAUGGUACAUCGUAUUGAAAACACAUUGUUAUUGGAUGACUUUGAUAUACACAAGUACUUGCUGAGACAAGCUGAAAAUGACUGGGAAUGGUUGAAGAAAUUCUUCUAUGAACAUAUUUUUCAAAAUCUUGGCGAUAAGGAAAAACGUUUUUUCCAAAAGGCAUAUAGCAGAAAUAGUUUACAGCAGAGGAAUUUGGUAUCUAAAUUUCUCUAUCAUUCUAUAGUAUUUGCGGAUAGUAACAAACAGAAUGAGAAACCUCAAUUACCUGUGGAAACGUUAGAACCGUUUUUGCCUGAACCAACGCAAGAGGAAAAAGUACCUGAUCCAAAUUAUAAUCAUAAUUUCGCAAGAAAUGUUGUGUGGACGUUCGAGAACAUACAGAUGCUUAUUGGAACAGACAUGCCGAUAUUCGGCGGUCAGACGCAUCCAUGUAUAAGUCUACGAUUAAGAGAUAUGUCGAAACCAAUCAAUGUUUUAACAGGAAUAGACUACUGGUUAGAUAAUUUAAUGUGCAAUGUUCCAGAAGUAGUAAUGUGUUAUCAUUUAGAUGGUAUUGUACAGAAAUAUGAAUUGAUAAAGACAGAGGAUCUUCCAAAUUUGGAUGAUUCCAAAUUUAGUGCUAAACUAAUUAGAGAUGUUGCUCAAAACAUUCUCAGUUUCCUAAAAAAUAAUGCAACAAAGGCUGGUCAUACUUACUGGUUAUUUAAGGGUGAGGACGACGAUGUUGUGAAGCUAUAUGAUUUGACAUCAUUGUGCAGUGACGUUUCAGAAGAGAAAGGACAAAAUCCUUUUACCGUACCCGUCGCAAUGUUGUUAUACAGAGUAGCUCGCAACAUGAAGUACUCCUCAGAUUACCAUCGCCAUCAAGGGACAAUUAGAAUGCUGUUGAAAAAUUGUAUUCAAUUAUUAGCCAAGGAGAAAUAUCCGCAGAUCGUCACAUCCGCCCAUUUUAUGCUUUCGGAUUUGUAUAUACCAUCGGACACAGAUCCAGCCAGUCCAGGUCUGUCAGAUCAAAGCGACGAGGAAGACGCUCAAAGUGAAUGUAGCAUGAAUUACGAAAAAGAGAAAGUAGAAGAAGAAAAAAUUUGCGCGGCAAUCAAGUCUUUAACUCUAGCCAAUAUGAAGGAACAAACAGAACGCGAACAACCAAAGUACAAAGCACCACCGAUUUCGGGUAUGAUUGAAGAAAGAUGUUUAUUCGGAUUAGAACACGUAACUCAUGGACUCGAGUGUCUCCGAUAUUUUCCGAUCGAGGACAACGCUGACGAAGAACAAAGGAAAGCGGAAGAACACGAGAAGGAAAAACGGAAAUAUGAAGAGAUGCAUCCGAAUGUAGCGAAACCUUUUCAAGCGAUUCCUAUGCCUUACGCUCCAUUAAAUAAACAAGAUACGAAUGUCACGUCGGAAAAAAAUUUGGAAAAUUAUAGUCCCACGCAUAAAAAGAAAAAUAAGCAAAAGAAGAAGAAAAAUGAAAAAAAUGUUACGAAAGAGAUAGCGAGUGAAAAUGCUUUAUUAUGUAAACCUAAAGCAGAAACAUUGCCCACAUGGCAAGCGCCGAAGAAGAGCGAUAAUAUUUGCUGGAGCGCUCAUUUGAAAACUCUGUUAUAUGAGAAAGCAUCAUUGAUAUUUGCAGUACUCGCUGAAAAAGAAUAUGUAAAUAAAAAUUACGGCGCCUCUCUGAGAUACAUGUUGGAAGUAUUGUAUUGCCAGAAAAUAUUGGAAAUCUUCUGUGGCGUAAGAAAUGACAAAUCAAUUAGUUAUUUAUUAGGUCGGGCGGGAGACUGUUGCUUCAUGAUAGUGCAAGAUUGGGGUAAUGUGGAAAAGCAUAGGAAAGAUUAUGAUACGAAAAAUGAAAUGGAAGAGAAAAUAGUCGAAGAAGUAUAUAGUAUGGAAGAUCUAGAUAUGAAUGGUGCUGAAUUACUGCCUAAGAAACUUGAAAAUUUAGAAUCUAUUUUACUUUCUUCGUAUAAAUGUUAUGAUAAAGCGCUGUCAUUAGAACUGUUGGAUAUGGACAGAAAAAAUUUGUUGAGACGAUUAGGAAAUAUUCAUAAUGAGUUAGGUGUUUUUUAUAUGAAUCAGGCAGGAUCUCGAUACCAGCAAGAAACUCAAAUGGACGAGUCAUCGAAUGUGGAUGUAACCGAGCUUUUAACGCGUUCAUUAACGCAUUUAGAAUCCGGCAUUGCAGCCUUUCACGAUGUCCAUGACGAAGCGAAUCUGGCACUUUUGCAUUCAAACACGGGACGACUCAUGCGACUUUGCGCGACCCUAUGCGGCAAACAGAAUUCGCAAGAGCGACAUUUUUAUAACAAAGCACUCGCGAGUUAUCAGAAGGCCCUGCAAGUUUUGGGCAAUAGGAAAACGAAUUCGACAAUAUGGGAUAAUGUAAUGUGGGAUUUAUCGACAACGUUGUUUACGAUGGCCUCGCUAUUGCAAGAUUAUCCUACAGCCGGAUAUAAAAAUGAGGAAUUGGAGAGGGAAGUGGUCGAUACCCUUCAGAAGGCGCUCAAACAUUGUGAUGUGGAUACUCCCGGACCGCGACAACCAGUUUAUCAAUUUCGCGCUGCAACCAUUCAACAUCGAUUAGCUUCGUUUUAUCAUCAUGUGUAUAGAGAAUUCGAAUCGGACGUGGAUAGUACAAAGAAAAGAACUAGCUUACAGUUAUCUAAAUUAUAUUACGAUAAAGCGGCCAAAUUAUUACUUUCAUUGGAACAAAGUACGGAAUAUUUGACAGUACAAAUGGAAAGAGUCGCUCUGGCGGAACAUCAAGCACGUAACAGCACAACUUUCAAUAGCAAGCUAAAAGCAUACCAAAACGGCUUGGCUUUAAUUCUACAAUGUAUACCUAUCAUGGAAUUAUUAUACGAACGAAGUAACGCGGCAAGACAAAAGAUGAAGGAAACGAUCGAUAAUAAAGUAGAGGAUAAUAGCGCCGAACGCCGGGAAGUAACCCAAGAACAAAAGUCAGUGAAUGAAAAUCCAUUGGACGAGAAUCAAGUAGAAGAGAAUCUCGUUGUUCUACUAGAACAGAGAUUACAAUUCCUCCUACGAUCAUUAACCAAGCUAUUUCUCAGUAAAAGUCCCGUACAUAAUAAAAAAGAACACGAGACACUUGGAAAUCUAUACAAACAAUGUUAUAUACGAACAUUGCGACCAGAUACGAUGUCUGGAUUUACUUUCAUAAAACAUAUGACAGAGCUUCUACGAGAACUCGACGGUAUGCUAAAACAUAUAGAUUCUUAAUGUAAAUAAAGAUUAUGUAUAGUUGACGGCUGUAAAAGAAUGUAAUUAAACGUAAGAUGUACACCAGCGUAUUCUAUGUAUUUUUUUAAAUUACGCGGCGUAUGCAUAUAAAAGAUAUUGUUUAUUAUAUUAUACAUAUACGUUGAUAAUAUAAUAAUAAACAUCUUUUUUAUUUCACUAAUACGUGGGUUUCAAGGAAUAUUUUUACUUUAAUAUAUGUAUAUAAAAUGUAUAUUUUUAAAUUAAAAAGAAGAAUAAAGAAAUUAUUUCUCAA